GGUUUUAUUUUACUCCUCGCUGUCACUAAAAUCUCUCAGGCGAAAGAGGAGGACAUUUCACAUUUUCCUUUAUUUUCACAAUGGCCACUCUCAUCCCUCCGUCCGCUACAGAUUCUCCGGCAGGCUCAAAGCCGACGGUGACCGAACCGGAGAAAGUCGAUUACUUCAACUUGCCUUGUCCUAUUCCUUAUGAAGAAAUCCACCGUGAAGCUUUAAUGUCUUUAAAGCCUGAGCUUUUUGAAGGGAUGCGCUUUGACUUUACCAGAGGACUUAAUCAGAGAUUUUCACUGAGUCACAGUGUUUUCAUGGGGCCCACGGAACUUCCUACUCAGUCUACAGAUGUAGUCAAAAUUCCAACUGCUCACUAUGAGUUUGGUGCCAACUUUAUAGAUCCAAAGAUGAUGCUUUUUGGGAGAGUAAUGACAGACGGUAGGGUGAAUGCAAGACUGAGAUGUGAGUUGUCUGAGAAUCUUGCUAUGAAGGCUAAUGGCCAGCUAACGGGUGAACCGCACAUGUCGCAUGGCAUGGUUAAUUUUGAUUACAAGGGUAAAGACUACAGAACACAGUUUCAAUUGGGGAAUGGUGCAUUAUUUGGAGCCAGCUACAUCCAGAGUGUCACUCCACAUUUGUCUCUAGGUGGUGAAGUAUUCUGGGCUGGUCAGCAUCGGAAGUCUGGCAUUGGCUAUGCUGCUCGUUACAACACAGAUAAGAUGGUUGCUACAGGGCAAGUUGCUAGCACUGGAAUGGUUGCACUGGGCUAUGUUCAGAAAGUUUCUGACAAGGUGUCUCUAGCAUCAGACUUUAUGUACAACUAUAUGUCUAGGGAUGUAACAGCAAGCGUUGGUUAUGAUUACAUCCUUCGGCAGUGUCGUCUUAGAGGAAAGAUUGAUUCCAACGGCUGUGCUGCUGCUUUCCUGGAAGAACGCCUGAACAUGGGUCUUAAUUUCAUUCUUUCUGCCGAGAUUGAUCAUAAAAAGAAAGAUUACAAGUUCGGAUUUGGGUUGACAGUGGGAGAAUAGAGGAGGCAGUCAGUUUAAACAAGGAUAAACUUUUAAUCGACCAUAUCCGUGGAACUAAAAGCAUCUUAGGUGAUUCUUUACCUCAAUAAGAAUCAACACAUCAGUUUUGUAUUUUUUAUUGAGAAAACUGCUAUGGUACAUCAGGUGCUGCAACUAGCCAUCAGUAGUUGAUUUUGCAGUGUGGUAAGGGAACAUUCAUGGCCAAAUUUAAACGGAGGGCAAAAUCGUUUUAUUGUUUUAUUUCCUACAGUCAAAAGGCAUUUUAGCCCUUUUUCCUGAUAGAGAGAAAUAUAAAUUCUGAUUUAGUGUUUAUGGAUAGUGGCAUUUGCCCAGAGGCUUAUCCCUACUUGAAAAUUGUUGAUGUAAUUCUCUCGCAUU